CACACCAAACCCAUUUCCUCACUCUUCACAUAAACUUCAAGCAAGUAAACAACUAGCAGGGAAAGAAGAAAGAACCCAUAAAAAAGGAAUGGCUUCCACUACAGCAGUUUCAAUGGCUAUGCCACUAACUUACAGCAAUCAGAAGAGGGUGGUCCCUAGCUCUGAGGCAUUCUUCAAGCCACUGCCUCUACGGUUUUCAAAGGCUGUGGCAGCAUCAAAAUCCAACGAAAGUUUUCAAGUCAGGGCCUCCAUGAAGGAGAAAGUUGUGACAGGGCUCACAGCAGCUGCGUUGACAGCUUCAAUGAUGGUUCCUGAUGUGGCUGAAGCUGCUGUUUCACCUUCUCUCAAGAACUUCUUGCUCAGCAUCGUGGCUGGUGGAGUUGUUCUUGCCGUCAUUGUUGGUGCCGUGGUUGGUGUCGCCAAUUUCGAUCCAGUCAAGCGAAGUUGAUGAAAUUCUGAGGCGCUGAGGGGUGUUUAGAGUUUCUCUUGUCAUGAUAUGUAUCAGUAAUGUUCUUCAGUAAUGAACUGAACUAUCUUUUGUUUGUACUAAUAUAUGACUCUUAAGAUC